UUAGUGAUAGCUUUCUUUUGACAAAAGGAUGAAGUCUCUAUCUGUCAGGGAAGCCGAGAUAUUGCAAAAUAAAAAAGGUCUUCAACUUUUGAACAGCACUUUUUAUAUAAAAAUUAAACCGGUCCUGAAAGGGUUAAAAGGCAACGUUUCAAUAUAAAAAAUUAUCAAAAGCAGAAGCGAAUCCAAUUUUGUUCCUACUAUACACUACUCUAGUGAAUGUACUCUACAUUGAGUAUUGAAAUUAAACGUAGUAAGAACAAUGCAACGGGUACUGAUAAAACAGUCAUUAAUAUCUAAAUACAUCAGAAUUUCUGUGUAAUUUUUUUAGUUCAUUCGUGAUAAUGCGUUUUUCAGUGCACAAGGUUAUUUUUCGUUAAAGGACGUAGUUGUUGUUGGAUCGACUAUAUCACACCGAAAUGAGUCAUUUUAUGUAAUGGGAUUAUUCUGUCUUACACAGGUCAAAAGAGUUAUCCAUAGGCUAAAUAAACAACUUUUAACAUUUCUUGAAAGUAUGUGGUAUUUAUAUGACACGUGGGUAUAAAAAGCAAAGCGGCGAGAAAGAAUGAGUUACUCUGCUUGAAACUUUUCAGUUGUGAAUGUUCCAAAGGGAACUGUGUUAAAAUUUUUAAUUUUCGUUGAGAAAAGAAUAUUUUACUUAUGACUUCCUGUUCGCAUACUUUAUAAAGCAAAAAAAACGAUAUUCUGUUGUUGGUACGUUAUAAUUGAUGUCUGUUUCGAAGCAAGAAGUAUCUAGUUGAUCAUAUAUAUUACACGCUGAGAGUGAGGAUUGUAGUUAGUUCAAUCUAAGGCUCUAUUUUUUGAAACAUUAUAAUAUACAUAUAUGGAAAAAAUUGACAAAUAACUGUUGAGAAAGUGGUCAACGAGUUAAUAUUAUUUUUGUUUACUCUUUUAGAUGUCAUCCUUGAAAAAGAAAAAAGACCCCAAAAUCGAUAGGGGAGAUGAUAGUCAUAGUGGUAGCGCCAAUACAGGCGAGUAUCAGAUCAGUGUUGACCAACUGAAAGAACUCAUGAAACUAAGUGGUAAAGAAUUGUCCGAGAAAUUGAAUUCUGGUUAUGGCGGUAUUAAAGGUUUAUUAGAAAAAUUAAAAGUAGACGGUCAAAAAGGAUUACAGUCAGAUAAUAAACAAGAUUUUGAAAAUCGUCAACAAGUGUAUGGAAAAAAUGAAAUUCCACCGAAACCCAUGAAAAACUUUUUCCGGCUAUGUUGGGAAGCUUUACAUGAUAUGAUGUUAAUUAUUUUACUUGUAUGUGCAGUUGUAUCCAUCGGACUGUCAUUUUAUCGUCCACCAGAAUCUGCUACUACAACACCAUCACCAGAAGCUACUACAAUACCAUCAACAAAUACUACAACAAAAGCGACUUCUGAUAAUCCAAACUGCCUAAAUGUUGCAGACGAAGGGAAUCUCGAAUGGAUUGAAGGGGUUGCAAUAUUAGUUGCUGUUUUCGUUGUUGUUUUUGUAACCGCGUUAAAUGAUUGGCGAAAAGAACGCCAGUUUCGAGGGUUACAAGCUAAAAUUGAAAAAGAUCAACAAACAUCGGUUGUGAGAGAUAAUAAAAUACAACAAAUACCCAUUACAGAUCUCGUUGUAGGAGAUCUCUGUUUUAUUAAAUAUGGUGAUCUUCUACCUGCUGAUGGCCUCGUUGUCCAAGCAAGUGAUUUGAAAAUCGAUGAAUCAUCUUUAACAGGUGAAACUGAUCUAGUCAAGAAAAAUGAUUCGGAAAACAUCGAAUUGCUCUCCGGGACGCACGUUAUGGAAGGUAGUGGUCGAAUGUUAGUUGUUGGUGUUGGUCUCAAUUCUCAGGUUGGAAACAUCAUGACAUUGUUAGGAGCCACAGAACAGAGUAAAGACAAAAAAUCUAAAAAGAAGAAGGGCAAACAUAAAAAGAAGAACAAACAUAAAAAGAACGGUCAAGCCUCCACAAAAGUUUCUCCGAAUCAGGAAGAAAAAGGAGAAGCACAUGUUGAUGAAGAUAAUUCUAAAGAAGAUGAAAUUAGCACACAAAAGCGUGAAAAACCAAAUGACAGUAAAACGAAAAGAGAUUCUUCAACAUCAAAAAAGGAAGAUAACGCCACCAAAGAACCUUCGCCGACCAAAACUAACAAGAAGAACGACACCGAUUCAAAGGACAAAGACAUAAAAAAUAAACAGAAAAAUGAGGAUUCAAGGGAACGUUCUCCUAAGUCAAAUACACAAAACUCCGAAGAGAAACAAGACGAGAAUGAUGAAACAGGAGAGUAUUUUCCAAUAGCACAGGAGAAUAAAGAAGAGGAUUUGUCAGAUGAAGACGAACAAAAAGACAAAAUAUCAGAAAUAUCUUUAACAUCAGAUGAUGAUGAGAAAAAAGAAAAACAAACUACCAAGAAACUAAUAAAAACUCCAUCUUCACCAGCAGCAAAUUCCAGAAAAGAACAAGAAGUUAAGGUUGAAAAGAUUAAUGAAAAACAAGAACAACAACAGAAAAAUGAAAAAGGCGCUAAUUCAGACAGUAGAAAAUCUUCUGGAUCUUCUGGACAUGAUGGGAAGGAUGAAAAGUCCUCGGAGAAUAAGAAUACUGCGAACAAAACCGAUAAAAAUAAAAAAGAUGGUGAUAAUGAAAAAAAAAAAGUGCCACCAGCUAUGGCAGCUAUGGCAAAAGAACAAGAUGAUGAUUCAGAUGAUGAAGAGGAUAGUUCUGACGAUAAGAAACAUAAAUCUGUUUUACAAACAAAACUUACUCGAAUCGCUCUUACUAUCGGUUAUAUAGGCAUGAGUGCCGCAUUUUUAACGCUUAUAUGUUUGAUAAUUCGUUUUUGUAUAACAACCUAUGUUCAAGGGGGAAGAGGUGGAAAGCCAGAGGAUGUGCGUUAUUUUGUUUACUUUUUGAUUCAAGCAAUAACAGUCGUUGUUGUGUCCGUUCCAGAGGGUUUGCCAUUGGCUGUUACACUAGCAUUAGCAUACGCUGUUCGAAAAAUGAUGACUGAUAAUAAUUUGGUGAGACAUUUGGAUGCAUGUGAAACAAUGGGCAAUGCAACUACAAUUUGUUCAGAUAAAACUGGAACAUUAACAACAAAUCGAAUGACAGUUGUACAAUGUUAUAUUGGUCAAAAAUAUUACGAUAAAUUACCAAAAGUGGAAGAAAUAAACAAAGAAAUUGUACCGCUGGCACAUGAAGCAAUGACAGUUAACACAAAUUAUACAUCAAAAAUUGAAGACGCUGGUGACGAAGGUGGAUUACCAAAACAAGUUGGAAAUAAAACUGAAUGUGCUCUCCUUGAUUUCGUUCAAACAUGGGGAGGCUCAUACGAUGAUAUACGUCAAAAUAUACCUGAAAAUAAAUUAGUUAAAGUUUAUACAUUUAACUCAGCACGCAAGAUGAUGAGUACCGUUAUUGAAAAAGAUGAUGGUUAUCGACUUUAUACCAAAGGUGCUUCAGAAAUGGUGCUGACAAAAUGUAAAUUGAUUAUUGAUUCAAAUGGAAAACCAGUAGAUCUAAAAGAUGAUGAAAAAGAAAAAUUAAUGCACGAUAUUAUUGAGAAAAUGGCUAGUGAUGGCUUAAGAACGAUUUGUAUUGCUUACAAAGAUAUGGGUAAAGAUAAAGGAAAUUUGGAUGAUGAAGAAGGUGUAGUCAAAGAUUUAACGUGUAUUUGUAUUGUGGGUAUUGAAGAUCCAGUUAGACCAGAGGUUCCAGAAGCAAUUGAAAAAUGUCAGAAAGCUGGCGUUAUUGUUCGCAUGGUCACUGGUGAUAAUUUAAAUACAGCACGUUCAAUAGCAAUGAAAUGUAAAAUAAUAAAACCAUCAGACAAAUUUCUCGUUUUGGAAGGAAAAGAAUUUAAUAAACGUAUAAGAGAUUCAUCUGGUAAAAUAACUCAAGAAAAAUUAGAUGAAGUUUGGCCUAAUUUACGUGUGCUAGCACGUUCAUCACCUCAAGAUAAGUAUAUACUGGUUAAUGGGAUUGUUGAAAGUCAAGCAUCGGAUCAUCGUGAAGUUGUAGCUGUAACUGGUGAUGGUACAAAUGAUGGACCCGCUCUUAAACGAGCUGAUGUUGGAUUUGCCAUGGGUAUUCAAGGCACAGAUGUAGCCAAACAAGCGAGUGACAUCAUAUUAACUGAUGAUAAUUUUUCAAGUAUUGUCAAAGCAAUGAUGUGGGGACGAAAUGUCUACGAUUGUAUAGCAAAAUUUUUACAAUUUCAAUUAACCGCUAAUUUAUCGGCUGGUAUUAUAUCCGUAGUAUCAGCAGCAGCCAUUAGCAGUGUUCCAUUACGAGCAGUUCAAAUGUUAUGGGUGAAUCUGGUCAUGGACACAUUGGCUUCGUUAGCUCUGGCCACUGAACCACCCACCGAAGUAUUAUUAGAGCGAAAACCUUAUGGAAGAACAAAAUCGAUUAUAUCGGCGUUUAUGCUACGAAAUAUCACUGGACACGCUCUCUACCAGUUAACUAUUAUGUUUAUUAUAUUAUGGGCAGGUGAUGUGUGGCCUUCGCUUUUACGUUGUGGACCAUCGACUGUGAGUCUAAUUAAUGAACAUCCAGAAUUAGGCAGAGAGCCGAGUGAACAAUUUACAGUUGUAUUUAAUGCAUUCGUUCUAAUGACAUUAUUUAAUGAGAUAAAUUGUCGAAAGUUACAUGGUGAACGAAAUGUAUUCAAUGGAAUAUUUCGAAAUCCAUUUUUCUAUGUUAUAUGGAUAUCGUGUUUUGCUGGACAGAUAAUUAUUGUUACAUUUGGUGGUGCAGUAUUUAGUUGUAUUAGAUUAAAUAUAAAACAAUGGGCUUGGUGCAUGCUGUUUGGUGUUGGAUCAUUGAUAUGGCAACAGGUUUUAAAUACAAUUCCAAUCGCUCCACUCAAAAAAUUUUUUGGUCUAAUUGGAAGAAAAGUUUGUUUUUGUUGUUAUCGAAAAAAAUUGGACAAUGAAGAACAUACAAGAAAAAGAAAGACAUCGGACAAAGACAGUAAUAAAGAAGAAUAUGAACUCGAACACGAAAAUUCAGACACUUCAUCAACACCAAACGUCUACCGUACCAUCGGUCAUUUAACUCGUUCAACUGGUAUAACACCAACACCAAGUUUGUUUACAAAAGUGUUACUACGGAAGAGUGUACAACGACUAGAAGCAGAAUAUCGUGUUAUAAAUGCAUUUCGAAGUCGUUUAGAAGAAGUUAAAGGAAAACAUCACGAUGAUAAGCGAAAUAGUCAUGCUCCCACUUCAACCAUAGCAGAAGAAAUUUAA